AUGAAUUAUUUCCACUUAUCCAAAAAAAGUUAUAUGUCUAAGAGACCUUUGCAAUUCCAAGUCAACACAUUCAACACUUCACCUGUCAAGAUGAAGUCAAAGGCCAUCAGCAUCUUGAACUCCACAGCCAAAAAUCUGGGAAACUAUCUCAUCCAUACCAAUCCACCCAAAACACUUGGUUAUUUUGGUCUUGACUUGACCCACACUGGAAGCGCUUCACAAACGUUGAACCUUGAUAACCCUGCCAGUUGGACCACAUUCAUCUCAUUCUUGAAGAAUAUAAACGCAAAGAAUGGUCACUAUGCGGGACUGUUGGUGAAGAUGCAAAAUCCUGAUCAAGUUCAUAAAAUGAUGGACGAAAAGGAGAAACUAGGAAAUCACAUGACAGCGUGGAAAACUGUGCAGAGUGGCAGUGGACUUCCUGCACGCCCACAACCAGAAAUCAUCCUUCCAAGUCCAAACUCUAGUCAACAAAACUUGAAGACUAUUCUUGCCACCAAUACUGGCUCAAAACUAGUCACCCUAAAGAUUCCACCCAAGAUACCCGAAAUCAGGACUUUCCUGAUUGGAGUUGAUCCAAACAUCCCCAGUCUAAGUUCUAUGAGCUCUGCAAUACCUUUGGAGCAACCUAAGCAAGCUGUUUCAAACAAUCAACGUAUGCAUGAUCCCAAGUUCUGUGAUACCUUUGAAGACUUUCUUUGUUUUGCAAACGUCAACAUUGGGCAUCCCAACUCUGCUCUUCUGCAACUUGCUUCAAAGCAAUUGUUUCAGACAACAUCAUCUUUGGCGGCUUCCAAGUAA